UUCUUCUCCUCUUCUUUCCCCGGUCUUGGAGGGUCUCAUCCUUCCUUCCCCCUCCAUUGCAUGCAUGCGCGUCGCGGUUACAAUUAAUUAAAACCGCAAGCGCAUGCAUCUUAAUCGCCCCCAUGCAUCUCCGCCUAAAUUAAAUCGAUCCAUCCAUCGCCUCGCGCAAUUAACGAUCCAUCGAUCGAAUCGAAGCUCGCUAGAUUUCGAGAGAUCAAUACAUACAUCUCAUCAAUUUGGGUUGCAUUUGAGAGAGAGGAAGAGGAAGAGGAAGAGAGGAGGAGAAGAGCAAGGUAGCUAGGGUAGCUUGGGCAUGGCCGGCCGCCGGUUGCUGGUGGCAACGGCGGUGGUGGCGGCGGCGGCGGCGGUGGUCGCGGCGGCGGCGCUGGAGGCGAUCAACGUGACGACGGUGGCGUUCGAGGAGGGGUACACGCCGCUGUUCGGCUUCGACAACAUCCUCCGCUCCGCCGACGACCGCACCGUCAGCCUCCUCCUCGACCGCUCCACCGGCUCUGGGUUCAUGUCGUCGUCCAUGUACCAGCACGGCUUCUUCAGCGCCUCCAUCAAGCUCCCCUCCGACUACACCGCCGGCGUCGUCGUCGCCUUCUACACAUCGAACGGCGACGUGAUCGAGAAGCGGCACGACGAGCUGGACUUCGAGUUCCUGGGCAACAUCCGCGGGAAGCCAUGGCGGGUGCAGACGAACGUGUACGGCAAUGGCAGCGUGAGCCGGGGGAGGGAGGAGCGCUACCUGCUCCCCUUCGACCCGACCACGGAGUUCCACCGCUACUCCAUCCUCUGGACGCGCGCCGCCAUCGUCUUCUUCGUCGACGACGUCCCCAUCCGCGAGGUCCGCCGCACGCCGGCGAUGACCGGCGACUUCCCGUCCAAGCCCAUGUCCAUCUACGCCACCGUCUGGGACGCCUCCACCUGGGCCACCUCCGGCGGCCGCUACCGCGUCAACUACCGGUACGGGCCGUUCGUGGCGUCGUUCACCGACCUCGCCCUCCUCGGCUGCCGCGUCGGCGACCCCAUCGGCCAGAUGCUCUCCUCCGCCGCCUGCACCGCCGCCGAGGACGCGCUGCUCGCCUCCGACCUCGCCGUGAUGACGCUGGAGAAGCAGCAGGCGAUGCGGCGGUUCAGGGAGCAGAACAUGGUGUACUCCUACUGCUACGACACGCUGCGGUACCCGGCGCCGUUCCUGGAGUGCGACGUCGUGGAGUCCGAGCGCCGCCGGUUCAAGGGCAGCGGCCACCUCCGCCUCGCCUUCCGCCGCCGCCGCCGCACCCGCCCCGGAUCCCGGCCGGCGAGGCCCACCAGGGCCGCCGACAUGUAGCGCAGCACAUAAUCAUAUUUGUUUCAUCAUUUCAUCGUCGCGCCUUCGAGUCAUGGGAUGAUCGAAACGGGAGCAAAAGAAAAAAAAAUAACGGACACACGCAACGACCAAUUGGGCCCACGAGGAAAGGAGAAAGCGGCCAGGCCCAAUUUGGAAGUUGAAGGCCCAUUCCAAAUUGGGCCUGAAUUCUAGUGGUUGAUCCAAAUGUCAUCUUUAAUUAUUGAACCCGACGUGGUAUAUCCUAAUCUAGAAAAGCAUAUGCAUGGAUAUACCGUUCCAAAAUACACGGAUAUACCGUUCCAAAACCCAGACAUUUCAUGAACUAAAGAACACCAAAACAUUUCUUCGGAAGUAGA